AUGAAGCGUCUGGUUUUUCUGAUGCUGUUCCUGGUGCCAUUAACUGUCAAUGUUCAUUCUCAGCAUGAUGGGUUUACUUGCGAUCCAGUGGGAUACGACUACCAUUGUCAGGAUAUCGACGAAUGUCUUAAAGGAACUGAUGAUUGUCACGAUAAUGCUGGAUGUACAAACACUGAGGGGAGUUACACUUGCUCCUGUAAUACCGGAUACAGGGGCAGUGGAAGGACUUGCACAGAUGUUGAUGAAUGUUCAUCUGGUCAGCAUGAUUGUCAUGACAACGCUCAUUGCGUCAAUACUGCGGGAAGUUUUAUUUGUAAUUGCAGUGUCGGCUACAGAUGGAAUGGGCGUUAUUGCACAGAUAUCAAUGAGUGUGCCCUUGGAAUUGACAGUUGUCAUGUCAAUGCUCAAUGCAGCAACACAGCUGGCAGCUUCACGUGUAUCUGUAACGCUGGUUUUGUUGGCGAUGUCAACUUUUGUUCAGAUUCUGACCGACCUGUAAUCUGGUCUAGUACCUGCCCUUCAGCACUGAAUCGAACCGCAGGUCCUGGAAGCUCAACGGAAACAGUGACAUGGACCAAACCGACAGCCACUGAUUCAAGCGGCGUCCCUCCAACUGUUGAAUGCACACCACCAUCAGGGUCUAUCUUUGAGAUCGGUGACCAGACUGUGACAUAUUUUGAUGAAUGUAACGCUACAUCUAUUGAAGGUGGUCAUGACUGCGGUAGCAACGCAUAUUGCACCAAUACACCAGGAGGAUAUACUUGCACUUGCCUAACUGGAUACACUGGCGAUGGAAGAAUUUGCAUAGAUAACAUUCCUCCAGUCUUUGUGGCCGGCACUUGUCCGUCAGCUUUGGUUAAAGAGGCAGAAUCAGCGACUAUGACCGCAACGGUGACGUGGGAUGACCCUAUUGCCACUGAUUCCGGCGGCGUUCCAACCAUUGUUGAAUGUUCACCAACAUCAGGCUCUGCGUUUGGAAUAGGUUCCCGGAACGUCAUAUGCACAGCGACUGACGCGGCUGGACACACCGCGCACUGUUUCUUCUCGGUGACUGUUGAAGCAAAUUCUAACUCUGCUGGUCCUCCUGCACCAUUGCUUCCCAGUCAAAGCGAAGUCACUCCAACUAGCUUCAUGAUGACUAUCAUGCCAAUGGAUAGGAUUAGAGGCAAUGUCAGUUGCUAUGACAUUGUAGUCAAGGAAGUGCUUGGGGGUGAAGAGAUCAGCAACAUGGAUCCUGACAGAGACUAUCCUCCGGAAACCAUGAUAACGCCAGUCAAUGGAACUCCAGUGGAUCCACGGUAUGAUGAUACGGACCUCCCGCUGUGGGCCAAGAAGUGGCAGAUUUUGUGGAAUGAUCUAAAUGUCGAGGAAUUCAUACUUGGAAGGGGAAACUUUGGUGAAGUCAGGGCGGGAACUGUGAGGAGGGGUGGGCAGAUUAUCGAUGCAGCAAUCAAGCUCCUGAAAGAACGUGCAUUAUCGGCUGAACAUGAAAACUUCAUGAAGGAGUUUCGAACCAUGACCAAAAUCGGAAAUCACCCAAAUGUGGUCCUUCUUCUUGGUGCAUGCCAACAUAAUGGUGUUAUGUAUGUUGCAAUGGAGUAUAUUCCUGGUGGUGAUCUGCGCAGCUUUCUGCGGAAUGCUCGCUCACAGUGGGGGGGCGCCAUGUCUUCAGGCCAGCUGAUUGGUUUUGCCCUGGAUGUUGCCAAGGGGAUGAAACACCUCUCCAAGUUGAAGGUAAUUCACCGUGAUUUGGCUGCAAGAAACAUUCUGCUAGACGGCAAUUUGGUCGCCAAAGUGUCUGAUUUCGGGCUGUCGCGAGGAGAUGAUGUCUAUAUUCAAGCCUCUCAGCAACGUGUUCCAUUCCGCUGGCUGGCCAUUGAAUCUCUGACCCAAAAUACCUACACGACCCAGAGUGACGUGUGGUCCUUUGGAAUUCUCCUCUGGGAAAUUGCCACUUUUGGUGCUACACCUUACGCUAAUAUCCACGUAAGCAAACUGGCAAACGAGCUCAUGACGGGAUACCGCAUGCCCCAUCCCAGAAACUGCGACGGUGAAAUCUACGGCUUAAUGAAGCAGUGCUGGGACGAAAAUCCGAAGCAGAGACCUACCUUCACAAAUCUGGUUGGUACCCUGGCUACGUUGAUGAAGUAUACAGGCAGACACGCAUGCAUAGAUGUUGACAGAGUGCAUUAUCAGAAUUUCCUCAUCCGACCAGAAUAUGAUGAUAACUGA